GCGGUCACGCGAUCAGAUCUGCUGUCACGAGCCUUAUCCAAGCAACGGAGUGGAGGCUGGAGAAUUAGAACGGACAUCAAUUAUACACCACAUUUCAGUUACCAAAUUGAGUGUGUGGUUAAGAGAGCCGGGCUUUAAAUUCGUAUUGCAAGUUGGCACUUGAGAGCGUCUACGUAGUUAUCCCGGACAACCGGUGAUGUAUCCCAGUAUUUGAAUGAUAUUGGUAGACAGCUAGCUAGCUGUUAGGCUAGCUAUACGGCACUUGACUUCGAAGUAACUCAACGUUAUAUUCUGUGACGUUUGUUCUACUAACACAUCUGACUGCAUGUAUCUGCGAGACACCCAAGUAGUGUGGGGUUUUACCUUGUGAAUCGUUACAGUAGAUGGUAUAUGCGUCGCCUCUAUGUGUAGGUAAGGAUUGAAUGAAAUAACGUUAGCUUGCCAUAGCCAGCGGAAACGAGCCAGUUAACAGGGAUAACGCUAAUUUAUCCUCCAGCACCAUCCAGCUAAUCUAGUGUAUGCUAUCUGAGCUAACAUAGCCUGCCACAGGCACACCGCGAGCUUCGUCAGCAACACUGAAUGAUAUAGGUGUAGCGAGCAACUGGAAUUGCUGAAAAGCUAGCUACUACUAAACGUCAAGUUGGCCAUAUUCGACUCCAGUCCGGUGUAAAGGCUGAGCGACGUCAGAUACCGUUAAGGCCGGAGUGAGGACAAAUCUGCAAACAUGCCGGCUGUGUCGAAAGGAGAUGGAAUGCGCGGAUUAGCAGUUUUCAUUUCGGACAUAAGAAACUGUAAGAGCAAGGAAGCUGAGAUCAAACGGAUCAAUAAAGAGCUGGCCAACAUUCGCUCCAAGUUUAAAGGGGACAAGGCUCUUGAUGGCUACAGCAAGAAGAAAUAUGUCUGCAAGCUGCUCUUCAUCUUCCUGCUCGGCCAUGACAUUGAUUUUGGACACAUGGAGGCGGUCAACCUACUGAGCUCCAAUAAGUACACAGAGAAACAGAUUGGUUACCUGUUCAUUUCAGUGCUGGUAAACAGCAACAGUGAGCUGAUUCGUCUGAUCAACAACGCCAUCAAGAAUGACCUCUCCAGCCGCAACCCCACCUUCAUGUGCCUGGCACUUCACUGUAUUGCUAACGUGGGAAGCCGUGAGAUGGCUGAGGCUUUUGCCAGUGAGAUCCCUCGGAUCCUGGUUGCUGGUGAUACCAUGGACAGUGUGAAGCAGUCUGCUGCCCUGUGUCUGCUGCGCCUCUAUAAGACCUCUCCUGACCUGGUUCUGAUGGGGGAGUGGACCUCCCGCGUGGUGCACCUGCUCAAUGACCAACACAUGGGUGUGGUGACAGCAGCCAUUUCUCUCAUCACCUGUCUGAGCCAGAAGAAUCCAGAUGAGUUCAAGACCUGCGUUUCACUGGCCGUUUCCCGACUUAGCAGGAUUGUGUCUUCGGCCUCCACUGAUCUGCAGGACUACACCUACUACUUUGUCCCGGCACCCUGGCUCUCCUGCAAGCUGCUGCGUCUGCUGCAGUGCUACCCUCCACCAGAAGAUGGUGCUGUCAAGGGUCGUCUGGUAGAAUGUCUGGAGACCAUCCUGAAUAAGGCACAGGAGCCACCCAAGUCCAAGAAGGUGCAACACUCCAAUGCCAAGAAUGCAAUCCUGUUUGAGGCUAUCUCACUGAUCAUACACUAUGACAGCGAGCCCAACCUGCUGGUGCGAGCCUGUAAUCAGCUGGGCCAGUUCCUGCAGCACAGGGAGACCAACCUGCGCUACCUGGCUCUAGAGAGCAUGUGCACCUUGGCCAGCUCUGAGUUUUCCCAUGAAGCCGUCAAGACACACAUCGAGACCGUCAUCAACGCCCUCAAGACUGAGAGGGAUGUGAGUGUUCGACAGAGGGCCGCUGAUCUGCUGUAUGCCAUGUGCGAUCGCAGCAAUGCCAAGCAGAUCGUAGCUGAGAUGCUCAGCUACCUCGAGACAGCAGACUACUCAAUCAGAGAGGAGAUGGUGCUAAAAGUAGCCAUACUUGCAGAGAAAUAUGCCGUGGAUUACUCCUGGUACGUGGACACCAUUCUCAACCUGAUACGCAUAGCCGGAGACUACGUCAGUGAAGAGGUGUGGUAUCGCGUCAUUCAGAUCGUCAUCAAUCGAGACGAUGUGCAGGGCUACGCUGCUAAGACGGUCUUUGAGGCCCUGCAGGCCCCUGCCUGUCAUGAGAACAUGGUGAAGGUUGGAGGCUACAUUCUGGGAGAGUUUGGAAACCUUAUUGCUGGAGACCCACGCUCCAGCCCCCUGGUCCAGUUCAACCUUCUCCACUCCAAGUUCCACCUGUGCUCCGUGCCGACCCGCGCCCUGCUGCUGUCAGCUUACAUCAAGUUCAUCAACCUGUUCCCGGAGACCAAGGCCACCAUCCAGGAGGUGCUGCGCUGCGACAGCCAGAUCCGCAACUCAGACGUUGAGCUGCAGCAGCGUGCUGUCGAGUAUCUGAAGCUUUCCUCCAUCGCUAGCACAGAUGUCCUGGCUACAGUCCUGGAAGAGAUGCCUCCCUUCCCAGAGCGGGAGUCAUCAAUCUUGGCUAAGCUGAAGAAGAAGAAGGGGCCCGGUACUGUGUCCGUGACAGAUCUGGAAGACAGCAAAAGGGAGGGCGGGGAGUUGAAUGGAGGGGGUGAGCGGGGGCCAGACACAGCGGCCAUGGCUGCCUCCAAUGCUUCCACCCCGUCACCAUCAGCAGACCUCCUUGGGAUUCGUUCGGCUGCCCCUGUUGGUGCUGCUCCAGCCAGUGUGGGCAGUCUAUUGGUGGAUGUGUUCUCUGAGGCAGGGCCUGCUGCACCUUCUGCUGCUGUGAACGAUGACGGCUUCCUAAGAGAUCUGGAACAGCCCACCGAGACCUGUGACUCCCUAUUGGUGGAGGGUUCUGGUGACUCGGACUCUGCUCCUCCCUCUGAGGAUCCUGCUCCUCCUCUGCCUGAGGCAGACGAACUUCUUAACAAGUUUGUGUGCAAGAACAAUGGGGUUCUGUUUGAGAAUCAGCUUCUACAGAUUGGCAUCAAGUCAGAGUAUCGUCAAAAUCUGGGGAGAAUGUACUUAUUCUACGGUAACAAGACUUCAGUGCAGUUUGCCAGCUUCACCACCACCGUCAGCUAUCCUGGGGAGCUGCAAUCUCAGCUCAACGUUCAGACCAAACCAGUAGAACCACUGGUAGAGGGGGGGGCCCAGAUCCAACAGGUCCUCAACAUAGAGUGUCUGACAGACUUCUCUGACGCUCCGCUGCUCAACAUCAAGUUCAGAUAUGGGGGAGCUCUGCAGAACCUGACCCUAAAGCUGCCUGUCACCAUCAACAAGUUCUUCCAGCCCACCGAGAUGACUUCACACGACUUCUUCCAGCGCUGGAAACAGCUCAGCCAACCACAACAAGAAGCACAGAAGAUAUUCAAGGCUAACCACGGCAUGGACACAGAAGUUCUUAAGGCAAAGCUCCUGGGACUGGGAUCGGCCCUGCUGGAGGACGUGGAUCCCAACCCUGAGAAUUAUGUGUGUGCUGGAGUGAUCCAGACCAAGGGCCAGCAGGUGGGCUGUCUGCUGAGACUGGAGCCCAACAGCCAGGCACAGAUGUACCGUCUGACUCUGCGCUGCAGUAAGGACUCCGUCUCCAAGCGUCUGUGCGAGCUGCUGGCUGAACAGUUCUAGAGUCCGGACCCCCCCCUCCCCAUCACCAGUCCUCCCACCAUCCCCACCAGCGACCUCUCCUCCCCCCAACAAAUAAUCUUUGAGUACAAAAAGGUGUAACCUACAUAAGGGAAAAAGCAGCCACUGUCAGCAGCAGCGGCAAUAGUAGUCAUUUUAUUGUCCCAGAUUCUGAUUCCAGUCCAUCUUCUACUUGUUUAUUAACAUGAUGCUACGUGUGUGUGUGUGUGUGUGUGUGUGUGUGUGUGUGUGUGUGUGUGUGUGUGUGUGUGUGUGUGUGUGUGUGUG